GCAAAGUGCCAAACGCAGUAUUGGGAAAUUCCAAUUCAAAAACAUCUAAACCCUCAAAACCCCCUUCUCUCACUAGCCGUCUCUCUCUCUCUAACCCUCGCCGUCGCCGGAAUGGAAGAGCUCGCCCCCGCCGGAAUCCCCAACGGCAACGGCCACCACUUCCACCACCAAUCAUCUCUCGCCACCAAUCACCGCCUCCGAAAACCCGGUCGCGUCAGCCGACCUCGUGCCCGCCGCGCCGACGCUCUCGCCAGCGGAGCUAGGGUUUCGUCAGAGCAAGUACAAACACAGCAGGUGCAGCAGACGCUGACGCCGACGCAGACGCCUUGCACUGAUUUCGAUAAGGCUUACUUUCACUCUUAUGCUCACCUCAGCAUCCACGAGGAAAUGAUUAAGGAUCGUCUUCGCACGGAAACUUAUAGGUCAGCGAUCAUGCAGCAUCAAGAUUAUAUCAAAGACAAAGUGGUUGUAGAUGUUGGCUGCGGCACAGGGAUUUUAUCCAUAUUCUGUGCACAAGCUGGAGCAAAACGGGUUUAUGCAGUGGAUGCCAGUGACAUUGCGGCUCAGGCAAGUGAAGUUGUGAAGGCAAAUAAUCUGUCUGAAACAGUCAUUGUAUUACAUGGACGAGUGGAGGAUGUUGAAAUAAAUGAAGAGGUUGAUGUUAUUAUUUCAGAGUGGAUGGGUUAUAUGCUUAUGUACGAGAGUAUGUUGGGAAGCGUUAUUACCGCAAGAGACCGCUGGCUGAAACCUGGAGGUCUAAUUCUCCCUUCCAUUGCGACGUUGUACAUGGCACCCGUCACGCACCCUGACAGAUACGGAGAAAGCAUUGAUUUUUGGCGCAAUGUCUAUGGAAUUGAUAUGUCUCCAUUGGUACCCUUGGCAAAACAGUGUGCAUUUGAAGAACCAUCGGUGGAGACAAUUAGUGGGGAAAACGUUUUAACAUGGCCGCAUGUGGUAAAGCUUGUUGACUGCUAUACAGUCACUAAUCAAGAACUAGAAUCUAUUACAACCAAAUUCAAUUUUCAGUCUAUGCUGCGAGCUCCAUUCCAUGGGUUUGCUUUCUGGUUCGAUGUUGAAUUUAUUGGCCCAGGGACAUUCUCUGCUUAUAGCGACUCACCACCACAACAAUACAGCAAUCCUACUAUUGAAGGUAGUCAGAGAACAAAACGUGCCAAUCCCAACAAAGCACUUAUCCUUUCAACUGCGCCUGAAGAUCCUCCAACACAUUGGGAGCAGACAUUGAUAUACUUCUAUGAACCAAUCGAAGUGGAGCAAGAUCAACACAUUGAAGGCUCAGUAACAUUGUCGCAAAGCAGAGAAAAUUGUCGGUUUAUUAACAUCCAUCUCGAGUACACAUCAGGUGGUCGAUCUUUCGUGAAGGAGUCUGUAUUGAGAUGAUCAUUCUCCAUAGUUCUGUCCAAGUUCAUUGGUGCCACUACUCAAAUGGCAAAGCACCGAACAAUUUAUGACUGCUUUGUGCUGAUCCUGAAGCCAAAAAGUACUCAGCCACACAGUUAGGAGUAUUAAUUUGUAGGUUUUUUGGUUAUUUAGUUUGACAAUGGAGAUAGGAACUACUCAUAUUACUUGCCAUAUUACUGCCUCUGGUCCAUAGGUAAAUACAGAUCAAUCUCUGCGGCUUCUUCAUUCAUCACCAGCCCAACACCUGCUUCAAAUUGUAUAUCUGCUGCUAAUCAUCUAUCAGCCAUUCCAUAUGAUACGAAAGCACCAUGUUUAUUUUCAUUCAAGUCGUAAACAUGAGCCAGGCCUAUACUAGGAUUUUAUUUUUAUUUUUGUAAGGAGGCCUAUACUAGGAUUGAUCACCCAUAUAUUUAGCCCAAGGAAGAGAGUUGUAUUUUGUAAUUUGAAACCUUAUUAAGACUUGACAGUUUGAAAUAGUUUAGAUUGAUUUACUGAAUACCUGGAUAUGCAAGGAGAUUUCACCACUAAAUUGUAAACGUAAAUGGAAAUUUCUAUUACCUUUUUUCCUUCUA